AUGCGCUUCCUCCAUUCGCUCCUCUCCUUCGCCUUGCUUGCGACAGGUGUCGUGGCCGCUAAGAAGUCCUCGGCCGAGCGAUUCAACGAUUUCCACGCCAAACAAAUCUCGACGCCUAUCAAGCUCAAGGACUCCACGUACAAGUCUUUGACAUCCACCCCUCGAGAUUACAGUGUCGCUGUUCUCCUCACUGCUGCCGAUGCACGAUUUUCCUGUCAAUUAUGCCGCGAGUUUCAGCCCGAAUGGGACCUGCUGGGCAAGAGUUGGAACAAAGGCGACAAGGCUGCUGAGUCCCGAUUGAUUUUUGGCACGCUUGAUUUCGUUGACGGCAGAGAUACCUUCAUGUCGCUUGGUCUCUCCACUGCUCCUGUUCUGCUCCUGUUCCAUCCUACCGUCGGUCCUCAUGCUUCGACCAAGAAGGAGCCCGAUCGCUAUGACUUUAACACUGGGCCCGCAUCCGCCGAACGAGUUCAGUCCUGGCUCGCUCGCUCCCUUCCUGACCGACCUCAUCCCAGCGUCAAGCGGCCUGUCAACUACGUAGGCUGGAUAGUCUCCAUCACCGCUGUGCUUGGAGUCCUUACCGCGGCUGUCGUUGCGUGGCCCUACGUGUCUCCCAUUCUUCAGAGCCGCAACCUCUGGGCUGCAAUCUCCCUUAUGGUCAUCCUGUUGUUCAUCAGUGGUCACAUGUUUAACCACAUCCGCAAGGUCCCCUAUGUUACUGGCGAUGGACGAGGUGGAAUCAACUAUAUCGUUCCUGGCUUCCAGCAGCAACUCGGCCUGGAGACUCAGAUUGUGGCAGCCCUUUACGGCACAUUGUCAUUCUGUGUCAUCACUCUCGCUAUCAAGGUCCCGCGAAUUGCUGAUGCUAAGACCCAACAAGUCGCUGUUAUCGCUUUCGGUGGCGUUCUGUUCCUUGUCUACAGCUUCUUGUUGAGCGUAUUCCGUGUCAAGAACGGCGGAUAUCCAUUUUCCCUGCCACCUUUCAUGUAA